AUGACACCGCCAGCUAAGAGCUUGACGCCCGAGCAAUUCCGCUUGCGUUGCCGCGAUGGCAGCUUUCAGUCCAAUUCGGCGGGGUAUUGUCCGGGAUUUGCUCAGGCCAAUUUAGUCAUCUUACCGAAAGAGCACGCGUUCGACUUCUUGUUGUUCUGUCAGCGCAAUCCGAAACCUUGCCCCCUCUUGGAGGUGUCGGAUCCUGGUUGCGUGGACAUGCGGCGAUUCGCCCCCAAUUCAGACAUUCGCACGGAUCUGCCUAAGUACCGCGUGUACAAGCACGGCGUACUCACAGAAGAAGUGAUCGACAUCAAGCCGUACUGGCGUGACGACUUGGUGACGUUCUUACUAGGCUGCUCGUUCAGCUUUGAGGAUGCGCUUCAAAAUGCGGGGCUGAGCAUCCGCCAUCAAGACGAAGGCAAGAACGUGCCCAUGUACCAAACCAACCUUCCGUGCGAUCCCGCGGGGGUGUUUUCAGGCAACUUGGUCGUCAGCAUGCGACCUUUCUCCCCCAAGGACGCGAUUUUAGCCAGCGUCAUCACGGCGCGGUACCCCAAUGUCCAUGGAAGUCCUGUGCACGUGGGGGAUCCUCAAGCUAUUGGGAUUGCCGACAUUUCCCAACCUUCAUAUGGAGACGCGGUGACCAUCCAACCAGGCGAAAUUCCCGUAUUUUGGGCGUGCGGAGUCACUCCUCAGAACGUGCUCCUUGCCAGCAAACCGGCGUUCGCCAUCACCCACGCCCCAGGCCACAUGUUGAUCACUGACCGACGCAACGACACGUUAUAA